AUGCGCUUCCACGUUCCCUUCCUCCUGGCCCUUACUGCCAUUACACAGGCAACCCCUGUCCCAAGCGAGCUCGUCAAGCGUGAUGGCGCCGCCGUGCUGGACGCUGUCAACACCAUUUCCGAGGCAAUGGUCACCCUCAACACCACCGUGACCUCCUACAAGGGCGGGCUCAUCGGCACCGGCACGGCCCUUAAAAUCGAGUUCCAGUCCAUCGCGCUAAGCAAUGACCUCAAAGACGGCAUCUCGACAACCAAGGACUCUGCCAACUUCACCGAGGAGGAGUCGCUCAGUGUCUCCGGUGCUUUCCUCGACCUGCAGCCGAACAUUUUCACCACCCUUGACAAUAUCGUCUCGAAGAAGCCGCAGUUUGAUACGGGGUUGUUGGGCAUUGGGUCGCUGUCCUUCUUGGUCAAGUCUAAUUUGGAGAACCAGAGGGAUCUUGCGGCGGAGCUUGGGGAGGAGGUUACUGUUAAGCUUACCCCGGCGUAUGCGGCCAUUGCGCCGGCGUUGAACAAGCAGAUUGCCGAUAAGUUUGAUGAGACUAUUGCGGUGUUUGAGUAA